AUGGCCGGAAUGUUCAAUAGUUUUCUUACGAAUAAGCCAUUCGUAGCUUCAAGAUGCUACAGGCAUUUUAUCUUCUCCACGAGAUCUCACGCUCGUCCCUUUCGUCCCAUCCUCUCCGUCCAGAGAAGGCAAAUAUUCGGCUUCCCAACCAUUAGACGGGUAACUGAAACUGGUACAGGGAAAUAUAAUGACUCUUCAGACCAUGGAUCCAAGGCUAUGGUGCAGCUAGUACAUGCUCUGGAGCAGCAGUCGCGCCCUCCACCCCCCUUCAUUCUCGCGACGGGGUUCAUGCGAUUUAUAGACAAACGGCUUGGUCAAGAUACUCUGACACGCUAUCAGGCAGAGCUCCUUAUACGCACAUUCCAGCAUCUUUUAAGUGUCCCUUCCAAGGACCCCCAGGGCUCUCUACGCGAAUUCCUGGAGCUGGAGAAUUUUGAGCACACUUUAAUUGCACUGUCAGGGGCGAAGUUCAGUCCAGACGCGGCUGAGCUAGUUAACGACCUUGCAAGAAGCAUCAUGGGUCAGAUUCGUCGAGUUCGCCAAGGAAAUUUUGAGCUGAGCCAGGAGCCCGACCUCGAGGUGUUUAUAUCGUACAUCACUAUUCUCUCGUCCACCGGCUUUUCCGCAGAUGCGUUGAAGCUCACCAUAUCGUACUGGAAAUCUAUGCCAGUCUUGGGCAAUGAAUUAUCCCCUUGGGUUGACAUCAUGAAAGGCUUUUCCAAAGAGGCCAGACGCUUAGAGGCCGAAAAGAGCAUUCCGUCAAAGGUAACAAUGGUACUUAAGGAAAUGGAAAGAUGUGGUAUUACCUUGGGUACAGAGCUCCAGGAGCAAAUAAUUUCGAUGCUAGGUGAAGGUGAUUACUUCCACGCAAUCAAGACUGUGGCUGGUCUUCCAGUCGAACGGUCAACCACCGCAAAUAUACAUUUACUCAAGUUUGCGCUGCGCCAUUCCAUGUAUUCAUGGGCCGCCACGAUUGCUAGCUCACUUCCCCCUUACCCAACUCCAGAGAUUAGAGAUGCCUUACUUCUCUUCUCCCUUUUGCGAGGGCGCUCCUUGGAUUCAAUCUGCAAACAAUUAGAUGAAAUGACUGCCAAAAACCCGGAAAUACGGGCAACAAUGACCAUUGACACUAUCAACACGAUAAUCGAAUACGCAAAUCUGAACAAGCAGGCGGACGUGACCAACCAGGCUAUUCAAAUAGCCCAGACAUGGGGCCUAACCCCCAAUCCUCGAACAUAUCUUCUGCAAAUACACUCACUAGUAAACUCUGGCCAAAUCAAAGAUGCCGCAGAAUUGUUCCAAAACCUUGCUCCAGAGGUCGAAUUCAAUCUAUCUGAUGUCGAUUUCUUGAAUACAUUCAUCAAACAACUGUGUCUUUUGGAAAAAGGGGUAUCUACCUUACUUCGGCCCAUAAUUGACAACUACGAUCCGUUAGAGCUCCAAAAAAUCAGAUUGCCUUUCCUCGACUAUAUCAAAGAUAUGAGUCAAUCAGUUGACAGCGCAUGGGAGGCAUACGAGCUUUUAAAUCUUGCUAUGCCUACCACGCCUGUUUCAACUCGGACGAUUAUAAUGAACGUUUUUUUCGACCGUCAGAGAUCUGACCUUGCCUCGUUGGUCUUUGGCCAUAUGCGACAAAAGGGUGACCCUAAUAUUCGACCAACAUCAUAUACUUAUGCUCGCUGUUUCCAAGGAAUUGCAAAGGCCGCUGAUUCGGACAGUUUGCACCUAGUACACAACAUGCUAAAACUUGAUCUUCAGGUUGCGCCCACCACCAAGAUUCGUAACAGCUUGAUGCUUGCCUACGCUGCCUGUGGGAUAGCAGACCAAGCGAUGGGGAUUUUCAGAGACAUACUUCACUCGGAAGAAGGCCCGUCAGAACGAACGCUAAUUAUAUUCUUUCGAGUCUGUGAAUCGUACGAUAAUGGCCUAGAAGAGGCUACCAAAAUGAUGGAGAAACUGAAAUCUCUCGACAUACUAAUCAAUGAUGAAGUCUACAAUGCCUAUAUUGGCGCUCUGGGAGCUCAUUGUGAGCUGGAACUCGCAACCCAGGCUAUUAAGGCAAUGGAGUCACAAACCGGUUCUGCACCGACGAUACUCACGCUUGUAAAUCUCUAUAAUUCCAUACCAUACCAAUACUGGAAAGAUCAGGCUGAAGAAUGGGCGCAAGUCACGUACCCUAAAUUAUGGAAAACGAUAGAGCAGUCCGGGCGGACAAAAGACGAGGACGGUCUGCAACAUCUGAACAUAGAUAGGUCGGUUAAGGCUUAG